AUGGAUUAUGGCUCUCUACUGGAGCACGCCUUGCAAAGUCAGCAACAGAACAAUGAGAAUGCUAAAGAGGCCAACACAAUAAUCCUCGACAUAUAUUCAAUAGAAUCAAGGAAUGACAGCAGAGAGAAUUUGCUACUUUUGGCAGAGCUGGCAACACGAUCCAACCAGUUUCUACAAUCGCAAGACUACCUCUGGCAUUUUGGUGGAGACGGUCCAGUCUUUGGAGUUCACGUUGGCACUGAUGGAAUUGUACAUCUACGCGCUUACUGCAACUACGGCCCUUGUGUUCAGGACGAAUGGAUGGCAGUCGAUAUCAUGUUCCGACUAUCAGAACUCUUGGAUCACGAUGUCGCAAUUUCUUGUUGGGACAUUGAUGAUGGCCAAGUCAUCUUGAUUCAGACCGCUGAUGUUUUACCGGAUUGGCUGGACGAAGAUCCAACAGACAACCAUAGAAACGCUUGUUUCAUACGGAAUGGUCGGCUUCAGAUCAUUCAAAACCCGCAUCUAUCACUAAAGGAUGCCUUGCAGCAUCUACACGAACAGCCAAAAGCGCAACCCAGCUCACACCCAAUGAUUCAUAACUCUAUACUCCAUUGGCUCGAAAUCAAUCGGCAACAUGUUCACGUCCAGAAAUGUGCAUUUGUGAUUCCACGAAAAAUUGCAACAUUGAUUCGCGAGCGACCAGACCUGGUCCAUUUUGCCAUGCAAACCUUUUGCAAACACAUUGAAGACAAACCACCAUCGAUACAACAUCAUGAAGACUGGGUAUGGACAACCCACCGAAUUUCACGAACGAAUUAUGCAAUGGCCCGAACUAUGGUCUCCCAAGAAUGGAAGUCACCUGAAUUGAUGCCAUCCUUGCCCGUAGAAGCAAAGCGCUACAAGCGCCAGUGCAACAUGGAAGCCACUCCACACUUGAAGCAUGCACUAGAACUUGGGGUUCGCUUGGUAGUAGGAUUUGAGCUGCUUUUGCAGUCUAGUGUGGAUCCAACCGCAAGAGAAGUCAAACUUGCUCAUUGGACUCGGAUCGCUCAAGAAGGAAAUGGCUCGGAUUCGUCCUCUUGGAUUCUCGAAAGCUACCAACGUGGUCCACAGCACUCCAAUUACGAUCUAUCACACAUCCUCAAAUGCCCGGUAUUUCCAGAAGAUAAGGACUUUCCAACCUUGAAUUCUCAUCCAGAUGUAUCCAUCAAACAACAAAUUCUCAAUGCUCAAAAGAAAGUGGAUCCAGACGAAGACUUCCCAAAGCCCCUUUCGGAUAUGGUCGACACUGAAUCUUGGCUCGUUCUGGAAAGUGGUAGCGAGGGCGUCAUUGAUAGUGAUUUUGAAGGAAUGAUAUCCAAGUUUCGAGAGUUCAUGGUUCAAUCCUCUGGCCCAGAAGGAGUUGAUUCUUCCAACGCAGCAAAGACAAGUAGUACUACAGAGAUCCGGCCUCGCGUGUUCAUGAAUAUACUUCUCAGUGUCUUGAAGGGAGAAGGUUUGUCCUUUCCUUCCGUCGAUCCAUACUUUUACCAAGAAGAUUACGAUUUGAUGGAUCAAGAAGAAGAAGAAGAAGGAGAGGCUACUGGUGAAAUGAAGGAUCUUAUGGACGCAAUGGACGCAGAACUAAAAGGGAAGUCGAACUCGCGGGCAUUGGAUCCAAUUUCAGGCUUGGACAUAGAGGGGGUUCAAGAUGGUGAUGAUGACGAGCUAACCGAAAAGGCACACGUACUGAAUAAUCUAUUGCAAUCAUUAGACGCAAGUGAUGGAAAGGCCGGGCCUGUGAGCAACAUGAUACAAGAGAUGAGUUGA